UCAAUGCGGCGUCUAUGUAUAUAUAUAUGUCUAUGUUCCUAUUGGGGGACAACCGGGGACGACAGGCGGUUGUUUUCGAAAGAAAUUCGCCUACAGUUCAGCAUUACUGUUUUUUUAAACUGAUAAUAGAUUAAAUUAGCAUUAGCAUUAGUCUAAUCUUGAGAAAAACCACCGAAAACGAUUUUUGUGUGCUCAUUUAAUUUUGUGGACAAAAAGCCAUCAAAGGAACUUCCGGAUCCUACCUUGUGGUCGGGCGACGACAGACCAGCAGAAGAGAGAGUGAAGACGAUCCUGAAAAUGAAUGACAACAGUGCCACAAUAGCAGAUGAGCGUGGCAAGAUGAAUGAGGAGCCAUGUUCAACAUCAGAGCCUACCCGUGAUGCCCAAACACAGUGGUCAGACCCAGGGAUGGAGGACCACACCUAUUCAAAAGUGCCUCGUAUCAUGAGUGCACCAUCCAUAAAACCAUCACACCCUGUUGCAGAUAGUGUUUUGGAGAGUUUCGCAGACUCCCUCUUGUAUACAGGGAUUCAGCUCAUUGAGUUUCACACCCUUGUGUCCUGCCUGCAACCAUUCGCCCCUGCUUCAUCAUCAAUGCCUGUUGUGGACCAAAUCCUAAUGACCUUAAUGAAAUUAAGACAAAACUUUGACAUGGCUGAUUUAGCACGGCGAUUUAAAACCCCACAACAUCAGGUCAAAAAGACUGUUGGAAUGUGGAUAGACAUAAUGUCUGAACACAUUAAGGAUCUUAUUCCAUGGUUGCCCCGUGAAACAAUCAAAGAUACAUUGCCACAAGCUUUUAAAGAACACUUUCCAAACACAAUCUGUGUAAUUGGCCGUACAGAGACUGUUACGCAGAAAGCCACGAAGCGACACUCUGUAACUGAAUUACAAAGACACUACUAUGGCAACAACACUGUGAAAUAUUUGGUGGCAAUUUCUCCUUCUGGAAUUAUCAUGUUCAUUUCAGAUGCUUAUGAUGCCAAAUGCAGUGAUCGGUACAUAAUGCAGACCUCGGGGAUUCUGAACUAUUUGCGUGCUGGCGAUGAAGUGAUAAUGGGUGACUGGGGUUUCACAGCACGAGACUUGCUGGAGGAGUGUAGGGUGAACUUUAUCAUGCCAGCAUUCACAAACAAAAAAUGCCAGCUGACAAAGGAGGAGGUCACUCGCACACAGUGCAUCGCUCAUGCCAACAGACAUGUUGAACGGGCAAUAAAGCGUCUGAAGGUGUACAAAAUUCUCUCUCAACCAGUGCCAAUUAAGUUGGUCCCAAAAAUUACUAAAAUGCUCAAAAUCUGUGCUGGUCUGGUGAAUUUAAGAGGUGAGUUUAAGUGAGAAGACAUUUAAUAUUACACGUAAACACACAUACAUACACAUUUCAUUUGUUCAACUGACAUUUAUUUGAGGUAGAAAUAUAAAAUGUGUGUGUAGGGAAAAAAAAAAUUGUUCUCACAGUCGUAUGCAAUGGUGGAAUGUAACUAAGUACAUUUACUGUAAAUUCUGUACUUGGGUACAAAUUAGAGGCACUUGAACUAAA